AGGCGAUUCUGCGCUGCUCUAGUGUUUUUGUUGCCUGCUCGUGUAGCCUUUGUUCCUUCAGAAGAAGAGUCGACCAUGCCGACCGUAAGCGUCGGAAGAGAUCGUCUAUUUGCUGCCCUCGGAAGAACUUAUUCGCAGGAAGAGUUCGAAGAGCUGUGCUUUAGGUUUGGAAUUGAGCUUGAUGAUGUUACGACAGAGAAGGCGAUUAUUAGGAAAGAGAAGCAUUUGGAAGAAGAAGCUGAUGAAGAUGAAGAAGUCAUCUACAAGAUUGAAGUCCCCGCAAACAGAUACGAUUUGCUCUGUCUUGAAGGGCUUGCUCAAGCACUGCGCAUUUUUAAUAAGCAGGAGGCGACACCCAGCUAUAAAUUAACCAAUAUAACCAAGGAAUCUAUGCACAAAAUGCAUGUAAAACCUGAGACUUCCUCGAUUCGUCCUUACGUGGUUUGUGCUGUUUUGAGAGACAUAACUUUUGAUGAAGCAAGUUAUAAUAGUUUUAUUGAUCUGCAAGACAAACUUCAUCAGAACAUAUGUCGACGGAGAACCCUCGUUGCCAUUGGAACUCAUGAUCUGGAUACACUUGAAGGCCCUUUCACCUAUGAGGCUUUGCCACCAACAGCUAUAAACUUUGUGCCACUGAAACAGACGAAGAGUUUCAGAGCUGAUGAGCUGAUGGAGUUCUAUAAAUCAGAUUUGAAGCUGAAGAAGUUCUUGCACAUAAUAGAAAAAUCACCUGUAUUUCCCGUUUUGUUUGAUCGCAACAGAACUGUUUUGUCUUUACCACCAAUUAUCAAUGGUGCACAUUCGGCUAUUACUUUGAAGACAAAGAAUGUGUUUAUUGAAUGCACUGCAACUGAUCUGACAAAGGCAAAUAUUGUAUUGAAUACUAUGGUGACUAUAUUUUCAGCGCUGUGCAAAAAGAAGUUUGAAAUCGAGCCAGUUGAAGUGGUAUAUUCUGAUGGGAAGUCAAGUAUUUAUCCGGAGCUAUCUCUCUACAAUAUGGAAGUUUCUCUGUCUUAUAUCACUAAUUGCAUUGGAGUCUCAUUGGAGGCAGAAGAGGUUACCAGUUUGUUAAAUAGGAUGCAAUUACACGCUAAGCAGUCAAUGUCUGGUGACAAGUCUAGUAUAACUAUAUCAGUGCCCCCAACAAGGAGUGAUGUGCUUCACGCAUGUGAUGUCAUGGAGGAUGUUGCUAUUGCUUAUGGGUUCAAUAACAUCCCAAAAAGUAAACCUGCAUCUUUGCAGCCUCUACCACUAAAUGAGUUCAGUGACCUUAUCAGAGCAGAGAUUGCAAUGACUGGGUUCACGGAGGUACUUACGUGGAUCCUAUGUUCUUAUAAAGAGAACUUUUCCAUGUUAAAGCGUGAAGAUGAUAAAUCUACCGCUGUUAUCAUCGGAAAUCCCCGUUCAACUGAUUUUGAGGUUGUACGAACCAGUCUUAUGCCUGGUCUUUUGAAAACUGUUGGACAUAAUAAAGAUCAUCCAAAGCCCAUAAAGAUAUUUGAAGUAGGUGAUGUAUCAUUACUGGAUAAUGCAAAAGAUGUUGGCGCAAGAAAUCAUCGUCAUCUUGCUGCUCUAUAUUGCAGUGCCAAUUCUGGGUUUGAGUUGAUCCAUGGUUUGGUCGACAGAAUUAUGGAAGUCAUAGGGGCUCCUUUUGUUUCAGUUGGCGUUGAAACUGGGUAUUACAUAAAAUGUUCAGAUAAUCCAGAGUUUCUUACUGGUAGACAAGCUCACNUCAUCGUCAUCUUGCUGCUCUAUAUUGCAGUGCCAAUUCUGGGUUUGAGGACUUUACAANUUCAUCCCGAGGUUUUGAAUAACUUUGACAUUCCUGAUCCAUGUUCCUUUGUCGAACUUAGCAUCGAGAGCUUUCUAUAGUAUUCAUUCUACAGUUGACGAGUUUCUGGGUUCACCUCUGCUAAGUUUCACAGGAUACUCCAAACACCAUAUGCAUUUGCACGCCAGGUUUCGAAAAUUUGAAGGCCUUUUUUUUUUCUCUUCGUUUCAAGCUCUCAUCAUAAGGAUUACAUUUGAAACUUUGGCCAUUUGUAGUGUAUUUUUUAUGGCUAACC